UUUCUUAUUCUCUUUCUUCUUUCGUCUUCUCUCUAGUUGAAGCUAAUUGUAAUAAAUUGGAGUAAAAAGAUUGCGAUGAAAAAUAAAACGCGGUAACAUUAAUUCAUGUAUUAAACUCGAUACUUUUCUGAAAACUGGAUACAAAUAAACCGCUUCAACAUCUAACAAAUGGGAAUCAAGAAUGGUUAACAAGGAAACUGGACAAGAUGGCUGGCAACGGGUAAUUUCAAGUAAGACCUUUUUGUUAUCAUAAUUUAUUUGAUUGUUUACCACAGUGUAUUUAAUGGACAAUGGUUACCAAACAAUUUUUGUUAAUGUCAAUCAGGAUCACAGGAUCAGGAAGACACACCGAGGACAUGGAGAGACGAUAAUAAAUAACAAGAGUGAAAGAUGUUCCCUUAUCAUCAUCCUGAUCCUUUGUUUACACAUUUUGCAUAUCAUUGUCAUCAUUCACAACACUGGUAUUCAUCACAUUUUACUUUUACAUAAUACUUCCGGAUCAAUCUUAUAAUACCUUUUCACUUCCAUGCCUGAAAACUUGAAGAUUCUGAUUUCAAUUGAAUUGUCACACCGAACCAUUCGUUGAUCUUGGACCAGGGCUAGCCAAUCGAUUCAACAUUCAAAGUGAUUUCUAAGAAUUGAAAGACGACAUUACCGCACAGAUCAUAAAGUGCACGCGAAUUUGAUUCCACCAAUCAGUUGAAAGGAUAAUUCAGAUUUAUGCGUAAUGCUAUUUGCAGAUUAAAUAAUAAUCAUCAUUAGUAUCCUCAUCUUCACCUUCUUUACUUUUGUUCUUAAACACAUUUAAUAUCACCUUCAACCUAACUCUUUCAUUUCAUCUGAUCUUUCCUUUCCACUAACAUAAUCCUUUCCAUUUUAUUCACAAUCCCUCAAAUCAACUGGUUAAUGCAACUUAUAAUAGACGUUUACAUGCUCUUUUCAUAGAUAAUUAACAUCAUCAUCUGUGGAAAAAAGAUUUUCUCUCUUAGUCGACUAUUAACUCAAAUCGUUUACAUGAUUAACGAAUCCAGAUUUCUCAUUUGAACAGAAUCUAAUUUCUUAUUAAUCAAAUUCAACUAAAUUAUUUGGCAAACUAACCAUAUGUUUUAGUUUUAUUGAACCAGAAUAUGUUAGCUUUUAUUUAAACCUUAGUAACUGACUAAUCAAUUAGGUCAGAAACUAUUCCUCGUAAUUUUGGCUGAUUUGUGAAUCAAUGAUUGUUAUUAAUAUUAAAAUUUUCUCUCCUUCAGUAAAUGAUGAUUAAAAAAAUAAACCAUUGUUGAAGGUUGAAAUAUGAAUAGAGAUGUGAACGACCCCAGGCUUAUGGACUGGUUGACUAAAUCAAAUGAAUAAAGUACAGGUUAUUAACAAUAAAUAAUGAUAAUUAUUGCUACUAUUAUGAUAAUAGUAAGCAAAAUAAAAAUGGUUUCCACAGACAGAUGGUUAAGAAUGGAAAACAUGUUGAAAAUUGAAGUAGCUUAGACUCAAAAUGUUUUUUUUGUGUUGUCCAAAAAAAAGUGAAUUCAAAAAUCGUCAACUCCUGUUAUCAAUUGUCUACCAUUCAAAUUGUAUGAUCAUUACAAACUCAGUUUAACCUCUAGUCAUUGUCAAGAGUGACUUUUGGAAAUACUUUUUGGUGUUUUUUGUUGUGAUAAGAGUAAAGAUACGAUGAAGUGUUUAAAUUGUCUCUUGUUAAUUCUUGGAGUCAUCAUCCAGGAAUCCGAUUCCAUAUUGAUUGAACGGGAAGACUUUGAUUUUGCCUGUAGCAAUAUCAACCGAUUAAUAAAACAAGGAGUGGGUCCGAUUGAAGCCGCUGAAAGGGCAACAAAGGAGUUACAAAUAAAGAAAGGUCACAAUUUAGAUGAACCAACUGGAUCCUUUAAUAAAAAGGCACAUCAAGUUGUCCAAUCUGCUGACGGUCGUAUUAAUUGGCUUUUCUCAGUUUUCAGUUCAAUUUUACAAUCACAGGCUGUCAAGGUUCAAGUGGGAGACACUAAUUCAACUAAAGUUGGUGUUUUUGGUAAACGAGAAUCUCCUUUGAUUCUGCAAAUUCCUUGUGAAUUAAUUCCAUUUCCAUCGGUUGUUGAUUCUACUGAUGGUCAAUCGAUUAAAUUAAUGCUUCUUUCAAUCGACCAUUUUCUUAACGAAAAUCGACUUUGAAGAAACCAACAAUCCUUUAAACGAAUAAAGAUGAAGACAUUUUAUGUUGAAUUGGAAUCGAUUUUAACCUAAAAGUCUACACGAGUUUUAGAGUGAGAAUUUACUUUUAGACUCUGGAUGGCUAAAGAGUAAAUUAUUUUGUUAUUAUAUAAAUAAACUUAAACUGAAUAAAUUGAUCGUUUCACUUCGAA